AUGCUUCAACUGAUCAAAACUGAGAAAUCUAAAAGAACAAGUGACCUAGCUGAUGUAGCGAAAUCUUUUGUAAAAGAUUUUCGUCAAUCAGGAUUAAGAACUGGAUGUACACCUUACAUGCAUUUGAUUGGUAAUCAUUUAGCUGAACAGGAUGAAAAUGAAACUUUGACCGCAUAUGACAUGCAGGGAGUCGAAAAGUCAAACGACUUGCUUUCGCGUCUUUACUUCUCAUCUAGUAAUCGAGCGAAAAUGCCAUUACGAACAAUGAUGCAGAGCUUAUAUAGACGACUUGAAAUGAAUUUUACAGAUCCCAAUGAGCGAGUAGAAAUGACUCGAUAUGCUUUGAAUGGAACAUUUGACGAAGUCGAUAGCGAGGAGGAUGAAAAUGUUACCGAUUUUAUAUUGAAACAUUCUAUUGAACUGAACAACUCAAAUAAAUGUUCUACUGAUGACAGCGAGAUUGAAGAAUCUGUUAUUGAAACAGAUGACGAAAAUAGGGAUCAAGCGCCGUCCUAUGUAACUCAAAGUUAUUUUAGAAUAAAUCGACGUGAGAACCGUUGGAAAAGCUUUAAAAAACAUAACUUAUUUAUUCGAUUCAAUAUUGCACUGCUUUCUUAUACUCUCCAUUAUGGCCGGUAUCAAUGCAGUGACUCUAAUUCAAUACUUAAGUGGAUAAAAUUAGUUCUUCUGACAAACAAGAUUUGCUUUUAUUUGGAUAGAAAUUAA